AUGUUGUAUAUAAUAUUGGCAUUGGUGGCAUCUUUGGUGCUGUUCUUUGCUUAUGGCAAGAAGGGAUACAGUUUGAACAAGAAGAAUGUUGUAGUCGUUGGUGGUUCAAGUGGCAUUGGCAAACAAUUGGUCUACUCACUGCUCAAUCGCAAUGUGGCCAGAGUAGUCAUUGUAUCAAGAUCAACUACAAAGAUGAGAGAGGUCAUUGAUGAGGCACCAGAGCAUGACAGAGCAAAGUUAUCAAGCUAUUCAUGUGAUGUAACAAACAAGGAUCAAGUACAGGCUACAUUCAAAGAGAUACUGAGUGACAUUGGAAGGAUUGAUUGUUUGGUCAACUGUGCAGGUCUGGCAGUACCAGGCUACUUUAUUGAGCAGAGCGAUGAUGUAUUUGAGUCGACAAUGCAAUUGGACUACUUUGGUACAUUGUAUGCUACCAAGCAGGUCGUCCCACAUAUGAUUGACAAUGGCGGUGGUCACAUCGUGUUUGUGUCGUCCACCUGUGGUCUUAUCGGAGUGCCAGGUUACUCUACAUACUGUCCUGCCAAGUUUGCCGUUGCAGGACUGGCCCAGACUCUUAGGUCUGAGCUACUGCCCUACAAGAUAUCAUUCUCUGUCGUCUAUCCACCAGACACAGAUACACCAGGCUAUGCACAGGAGAACCUUACAAAGCCAGAAGAGACAAAGAUCAUCUCUGGAGGAGGCAAGGCCGUCUCACCAAAGGUGGUGUCCGAUGCCAUUGUCAAGGGAGUAGAGAGUGGCGACUAUCAUAUCGCAGUGGACAUUCCAACCAAGUUGUGCGCCAUUCUCUCGCCUGGAUUGACUCCAUUCUAUUUCCCUUUCUUUGACAUCAUCCUGGCACCCAUCUGCAGACUGGUCGGCAUCAUUGCCAUGAACCAGAACGAUGGUGAGGUUGUCAAGGCCUGGAAGAAGAAGAACAAGAAGUAA